CCGAUUCCAAAAUUUCUAGGGUUCGGAAAAGCAAAAACAGACACGCGAAAUCAGCCCAACUCCCAGUUCGUGACGGAGACACCGAGGCCAUCGCCAUCCACCCACUCGACUCCUCCCUUCCGCUUGAUCUCACAAACGCGAGCGACGAGCAUCAUCUCCUGAUCUCCUCAGCACAGUAGCGGUAGGCAGCCCACGCCUCUGAUCUGCUGCUUCCUCUCCGGAGAUGGCUUCCACCGCCUUCGCCGUCUCCUCGUCAGCGUCCUCCGCCGCCGCCGCCCGGUCCAAGGUUCUCGGAGGAGGAAAGAGUCAGGGGAGGAAUGGCUGCCGCGUGGGGAUCACGAGGAAGAAUUUUGGACGUGUCAUAAUGGCACUUGCAGUUGAUGUUUCUCGUUUUGAAGGAGUGCCAAUGGCCCCUCCGGACCCAAUUCUUGGGGUUUCGGAGGCAUUUAAAGCAGAUAAAAAUGACCUGAAGCUCAAUCUUGGUGUUGGUGCCUAUAGAACAGAAGAGUUGCAGCCCUAUGUCCUCAAUGUUGUCAAGAAGGCUGAAAAUCUUAUGUUGGAGAAGGGGGACAACAAAGAGUAUCUUCCUAUUGAAGGACUUGCUGCAUUUAACAAAGCAACUGCAGAAUUAUUGUUUGGAGCUGAUAACCCUGUCAUCAAGCAAGGCCUGGUUGCUACUCUUCAGUCUCUCUCGGGCACUGGGUCACUACGCCUUGCUGCUGCAUUUAUACAAAGAUACUUCCCUGAAGCCAAAGUACUUAUAUCAUCUCCCACCUGGGGGAACCAUAAGAACAUCUUCAAUGAUGCUAGGGUACCUUGGUCAGAGUACAGGUAUUAUGAUCCCAAGACAGUUGGGUUGGAUUUUGAGGGAAUGAUAGCUGACAUAGAGGCUGCUCCAGAAGGAUCUUUUGUUCUGCUACAUGGUUGUGCUCACAACCCAACUGGAAUAGACCCAACUCCUGAGCAGUGGGAGAAAAUUGCAGAUGUCAUUCAAGAGAAAAAACAUAUGCCUUUCUUUGAUGUUGCAUACCAGGGUUUUGCCAGUGGAAGCCUUGAUGAAGAUGCAUUUUCUGUCAGGCUUUUUGUUAAGCGUGGAAUGGAAGUGUUUGUUGCACAGUCUUACAGCAAGAACCUUGGUCUAUAUGCAGAAAGGAUUGGGGCAAUAAAUGUUGUCUGCUCAGCACCAGAAGUAGCGGAUAGGGUAAAGAGCCAGCUGAAACGAUUGGCACGGCCCAUGUACUCAAACCCCCCUAUUCAUGGUGCUAGGAUAGUUGCCAAUGUUGUUGGUGAUCCAACUAUGUUUGGUGAAUGGAAGCAGGAGAUGGAGGAAAUGGCAGGGCGAAUCAAGAAUGUAAGGCAGAAGCUCUAUUAUAGUUUGUCUGCGAAGGAUAAGAGUGGCAAGGACUGGUCUUUCAUUCUGAGGCAGAUAGGCAUGUUCUCCUACACUGGCUUGAACAAAGCACAGAGCGAUAACAUGACAGAUAAAUGGCAUAUUUACAUGACCAAGGAUGGGAGAAUUUCGUUAGCUGGUCUAUCCCUGGCCAAGUGCGAUUAUCUUGCCGAUGCCAUCAUCGAUUCCUUCCAUGAUGUCAACUAGAUAGAGGUCUAAGAAUUCAGGUCAAGCUAUUAGCGACUAUUCCUUGUACGCUAGGCUGGGAUUUUUGGGUCCUUCCAGCUUGAGUGUUCAGGUUUUAUCUGGUUUUGUGUAAUUUGAAUAAAUAAAUUUCGUCAGCGCAGCAAACUCUGGUGCUUGGCUACAUGUAACAUUAGAAUAAAAACAUGCCUACAAGCUUGUAAUACUUGAAUCAAAAUAAUUCAGCAAUCAGCCACUCUGAUUUCAAUA